AUGAGUCGGAACGUAGAUAAGGCGAACUCGGUUUUGCAGCGGUUCCAGGAACUUGAAGCGGAAAAAGAGGGUGGAUAUAAGGAUUAUACGCGACUGAAAAGACCUACGAAAGUCUUCUCGGUAAAAAGUGUCGACGAAGCCCAGCGAUGGCGAAAAGAGGUUGUUAGAGACAUCAACGGUAAAACCACACAGAUUCACGAUCCUUCGUUGAAUGACGCUCAACUGAGAGAGUUGAACGACCAGUUGAACGACCUUUUCCGUGAGAAAAAUCGAUGGGAGAGACAUAUCGCGAAAAACUUGAGAGGACCAGAUUACUCUCGGGCUAAGAGUGCUGACAGUGCUAAGGGGAUCAUAGUAGGUGGAAAGCGAUAUUUCGGGCGGGCUGUGACCCUUACAGAGGUGCAAGAGGCUCUUGAAGCGGACAAAAAUCGCCGACAAAAUCAACGGAAAAUCAAAGACGCGGAACGUACACUUCAGGACAAAAUUCAAACAUGGAAGUCGACCUUGAAGGACGAUUAUUUCGGACGCUUGGCUACUGAUACCAACUUUGAAGGCGACAGACCAGGGAGAUUGGCUCAGAACCCUGUUGAACGUUUACUACGUGAAACAACAGGACAAAGCUCGCAUUUCUUGCGCUACGAGCAAGCAAGGGCUGAGGAGUUGAGGGCUGAGCUUGGGAGCCAAGAAGCCACCAGUGAACCGCCCCAUGUUUUUCCUGAAUUCGAGCGUGUUCCCUCUCUGCGAGAGAUGGAGGAAUGGCUCGUCUCCAAAAGGAAAGAAAAGCUCCAAGAGCGAUUAAAUCUUUGA